CUUUUAGAUCUUAACCAUGCGUGCCGACGUCGUAUGGGUAGCGCCAUACUACUGAGGCAGUCAGCGCGCGCCUGUGGAAGCUACGCUCUUUUACUCUUCAUCCCCCGCGGCUCUGCUCGUCUUGCUUCGCUCUUCCAAGGACUCGCAACCCCAGUCAUUCUCUAUUGUGUAUCUUGUAUACACGUCCUUUCGUUCAUAAUAUCGUCCUGUACUGCGCCUUCCGAAUUAGGAUAUCAUCUGCUUUUACCCGACACUCAUUCCGCUAGAACAAUACAUACGACAAUAAUUAGUACUCGGAUCGAUCGGAGCAUCUUCAACCGACCCUAAUUGUAACGACUACAUAUACUCGACACACGAUAGAUCUAGCUCAAGAACACUAUCCGCCACAAUGUCGAACUGGUUUGGAAACCUGCAGUUGGCAUACAAAUAUGUCAUUGUAUUCUUGUCGCUGUUGGCUCUUACUAUCCUCGCUGGGUUCAUCAAAGUGAUGUACAACCGUCAAAAGUUGAAGAAGGCGAAGCAAACUGAGCUAGAGGCCGGACCCAAGGAGGACACUGUUGAACUGAAUCAGCGUGAGAAGGAUGAGGGUGAUCUGUUCGGUAUUCGUGCCAUCGAGGCUGGUUUCUACGCUGGUGUUGCUCAAUCGCGACCUACGUCAAGAGCAGGAUCUGUCAUGGGCGACAACCCAACGAUGAGCACCAGCACCUUGGUCGGAGGAAGCGUCAACUCGCCACUCAUGAAGGGACAAUCUGCCAACAACAGCAUGCUCAGCCUGAAUCUUAACGCCAACAAGGAACCCAACGCAAAACGAGUUUCCCCGCCCACAAUGAAGCUCCGUCCCUCCGAGGCUGAGCUUAGUGGAAGACGCAACCACAACGGCGCUGUCGACAUGUCUCUCCAAGUUCCUCCUUCCCCUGGUCACCCGCGUGGUCCCCCUUCUCCUACUUUUGGCGGCUCCGACAGCGACAGCGAGGGUUUUACAUCUCCACGAUCCAUGUCACCCGCCGACCUGAACCGUCAGCAAUACGCUCCGGCUCUCACAGUCUCACACCACACAGGAGAUGACGGCAUCAGGUCGCAGCAGGGAUCUUACCACAAUUCGCCUGGCCAGUCACCAACGCCGCUGUCGCCUCACAACCCGCCUACGGCCAAGCUGCCAUCUAUUCCUGGCCACGCUUUGAGGAAAGAGUCGCGCUCCCCAUCGCCCGAGUACGAUUACCCUCGCGUGCAGGUCCACGAGCCGAACUCUGAACCCUCAUCGCCUGCUCGUACCCAAGUUCAACUACAGGCACGAACCUACUCGCCACACCAUGAACGAGACGGAAGCGAAGCGAGCAGCAUCUACAGCAGCGGCAAUCGGCUAAGCACUUUCCAAGCAUACCAAGCUUCUCAGGAGGACGCGCCAAAACCAGAUUCGUACGAUCAAGCUUGGCAAAAGCAGCAGACACGGCGCUCAGCCUCGGCCGCGUCAACAGUCGAAUCUGGCCACACCUCAAUCCUUGCAUCGACUGACGACGAGGCGGAACGCCGUCCCAGCCACGCAAGCACUCUGCUUGCUCCGGGCCAGGGAGGAAAGGACACGCGACUGAGCGAGUUCUACGAGGCAUACUACCGCAAUUCACACAUGGGCUCAACCCAGCCUGUCGAUGUCAAGAAACAAUAUGCUGAAAGGCAGUCAACCAUCAUGGAGGUCGAUACACCCGUGGCGUCGCCCAUGUUUCCUCACAACCAGAACCCUGGCGCUGCCUUUUAGACUGGCUCAUUCCCAAACGACCCAAGUUGAGCGUCAUGUCGAAGACGCUUAACAGUACGAUCUUGUGAAUAGCUGUACAUAUUUGUACAUACAAACAGGCCUCUCUCCUUUCGCGUAGGAGCAAGCCUUUAUCGACGAGGCGUUUGGUUCGGGCUUCGACUUGCACCCGUGCAUAUUAUUUUUUCGACUUUUUCCUUUCUACCUUUCCUUCACCUGGGCGGAUUACCUCGGACGCGCUGACGACAAAACAAUGGCUUAUAUGGUUCGAUGAUGGAUCGGACUCGCG